AUGUUUGAAUUAUUAAAGAAGGAAAUUGAUGAUUCCACAUCAAUAAUAUUCAGACCUGAUUUUGAUGAUCUGUACUCUGGUGUAGAUCAAUCAAAAUCUGAAAAGCUUUCAAAACCUUCUAAAAAAUCAGGAAAUAACAAUAGAAAGCAAAACAAUCAAACUGAUGAUGAAAGAUGCUCCAGAGUUGUUAUGGUCACAACUUCUACUCAAAUAUUGGGGCCUGAUCUCGGUUCAUCUGCAUCAGGUUCUUCAAAUAAGGGAAAUGAACAGACUGCUCUUCGUUUUGAAAUCGUUUUCAAUGAUGGAUCAGUUGAUAGCUUGCAAAAACUAUUGGCUGCCAAGAACAUUUAUGGUAAACAAUUGCCAAAGAUGCCUAAGGAUUACAUUGCCAGAUUGGUUUUUGACAGAAGUCACAGAACCAUUGUAGGUUUACAAAAUGGACAAAUUGUAGGUGGUAUCAGUUUUAGACCAUUCUUUCCACAAGGAUUUUCUGAAAUUGCUUUCUGUGCCAUUACAGGUAACGAACAAGUUAAAGGUUAUGGUACAAAACUUAUGAACCAUUUAAAGGACUAUUGUCAAACGAUUGGUUGUUAUAGAUUUUUAACAUAUGCGGACAACUUUGCCAUUGGUUAUUUCAAGAAACAAGGUUUUACAAAAGAAAUUUCACUAGACGAAAAGAGAUAUAAGGGCUACAUUAAGGAUUACGAUGGAGGUACACUCAUGGAAUGUGUGAUAAGAACAGACAUUAAUUAUUUGGACGUACCAAUUAUGAUUGUAAAACAAAAGCAAGCACUCCAACUAAAGCUGAAAGAAGUUUCCAACUCUGACAAGGUUUAUCCAGGUAUUAAAUUAUUUAAAAAUGGUGGCAAGAUAAAUGGCCCAGAAGAUGUGCCUGGCCUUCAAGAGAUUGGUUAUCAACAAGAAACCAGAUCAAGAGAUCACAAACUUCAUGCUGCAUUUGUGGAGGUGUUGGAAAAACUAAAACGACAUGAACAUUCUUGGCCAUUCUUAGAGCCAGUUGAUCCAGAAGAAGUUCCAGAUUAUUACGAUGUUAUCAAGUUACCAAUUGAUUUAUCGACAAUUGAACAACGUUUGAAAAAGGAUUACUAUCGUACUAAGGAUAUAUUUGUAAGCGAUGUCAGAUUAAUCUUUGAGAAUUGCAGAACUUACAACUCUGAACAAACAGAAUAUUAUUCUGCUGCUAACAAAUUAGAGGAAUACUUUAAAACAAUUAUGAGCAAGAUUUUACAACAGAAAAAUUAA